AUGUCCGAAUUAUCCGACUCCCAGGAAAACCCCUCACCUCAUCAACCCUCAAUAGACUCAACAGAAGACGACAAGGCAAAGACAAAUAACCCCGAGCUUCCCCAGGCCGUCGUCCGCGACUCCGUCAGUGAACAACCAAGCGUCUCCUCAUUCGGUCAACGUUGGAAAUCCAUCAGAGAACGCAGCGCCACAAUAGCCGAGCGACUGGGCCGGUCCCAUGAACGAAACGAAGAUGGCCUAGAGGGCGCCGGCUUCUCAACAGAAUACUUUGGCGCCACAGACGACCUCCGAAGCUUUGCCGCGCGCCAGGCCAACGACGAGGAGGAACGCUUGCACAACAAUGAUCAUGACGCUCAGGCUCAGCUCUUGGUUCGCCAUCUCGGAUUGCCCGGCAAUCGUCAUCGACGAAAUGAAUCCUCCGAAUUCCCCUCGGGCACUACCACGCCCGGCGAUUUGAGUGAACACGCCCCGCUGAACGGGAGUGUCCUAUCGCAAUUGCUGCGCGUCUACGCCAAUAAUAUGGAAAAUGCGAGCAGAAUGAGCGUUGCCACUACCUCAUUUGACACGGACCCGGACACGGAGACUAUUCCGUCCAAAACGCCUGGAACGACUACCCCCGGUGGCAUCAGCACUCCCGGUGGGACGCCGCCGCUUGGUGGAAAGAAGGAGAAGGUGAAGUGGUACAAUAACGGGGAAGCGAGCGAAGCGGGCAGCAAGAAUGCAAGCAAAUUCAAUCUGCCGUUGAAGGUUCCGGCUAAGAAGAAGAGGGAGUCUAAUCAUGCCUAUACCUCUUCGCUUAUCUCGGCAUCCAUGGGAAUGGGCCGGAUUGGUGUGCCUGGGGCCGAGGGCCCGGCUCCGAUGAAUCCGAAGGAAAGGAAGAAGCAGAAGCGGAAGAGCCAGAAGAAUGUUAAGCUUACCGUGCAUAUUGCGGCUAUCUUGGCGCGACAGCAGUAUAUUAUGCAGCUGUGUCGUGCCCUGAUGAAGUACGGCGCGCCGACGCAUCGUUUGGAGGAGUAUAUGAUGAUGACUUCAAAUGUGUUGGAAGUCAAUGCUCAAUUCAUGUACAUUCCGGGUUGUAUGUUCAUGUCCUUUGACGACCCGCUUACUCGCACCGCCGAGGUAAAGAUCAUUCGCGUCAUUCAGGGACUGGAUCUCUCUCGCUUGGCCGAGACGCACAAUGUCUACAAGAACGUCGUGCACGAUAUUGUCAGCGUCGAGCAAGCUACACAAGACCUUGACGAGGUCAUGCAGCGGAAGCCACGAUACGGACGCUGGACGAAAGUCUUGCUUACCGGGCUGGCUAGCGUUGCUGUUGGUCCUUACUCCUUCUCUGCCCGUCCUAUCGACCUUCCGAUUAUUUUCUUUCUGGGUUGUCUGGUCGGCUUUAUGCAACACAUUCUAGCCCCCUCAUCAGCUACCUAUUCCAACGUGCUCGAGGUAUCAGCCGCCAUUCUGACCUCGUUCCUUGCGCGCGCAUUCGGAAGUAUCCAACACAAAGGCGAGCGUGUCUUCUGUUUCUCGGCCAUGGCUGAAUCAUCCAUUGCUAUGCUUUUACCCGGUUUCGCUGUGCUGAGUAGUAGUCUGGAACUCCAGUCGCACCAGAUGAACGCCGGUUCAAUCCGCAUGGUCUUCACAAUCAUUUACUCCCUGUUCCUGGGAUACGGUGUUACGGUUGGUACCACUAUCUACGGAUUAAUGGACAGCAAUGCCACAGACCAGGAGACUUGUACCGGCGCCGUCGAUGACUGGGGCAACGAGUACAUCCAACACUUCCCCUUCGUUGCGCUGUUCUGUUUGUUCGCCGCUCUACUCAACCAGGCCAAGCCGAAACAGCUACCUGUUACAGUCUUCUUAGGCGUCUGUGGCUAUGUGGCCAAUUACUUCAGUACGAAGAAGCUCGGCUCUAACCAGGUGGCUAAUACGGUCGGCGCCUUCACGAUUGGUCUGCUGGCCAAUUUGUACAGUCGUCUGUGGCACGGCCAUGCUGCUGCUGCUAUCAUCCCGGGUAUCUUUACUCUGGUGCCCUCUGGUCUAGCAUCUUCCGGAUCCAUCAUUUCCGGUUUGCAGUAUGCCGAGGAGGUCGCGAAUGGAACUGUCUCCUCCACUUCGAGUGCCACUAAUGAGAGCUCGCUUACGUCAUUGGGCUAUGGAAUGAUCCAAACGGCUAUCGGUAUUUCCGUUGGUCUUUUCGUCGCUGCACUGAUUGUGUAUCCGCACGGAAAGAAGCGCAGUGCCAUUUUCAGUCUGUAA